AUGGCGAAAGGGCCAUUAAUUUUAGACAUUCUCUUAUCUAUCUAUCUAUCCCAGACUGCUUGCUAUCUAUCUAUCUAUCUAUCUAUCUAUCUAUCUAUCUAUCUAUCUAUCUAUCUAUCUAUCUAUCUAUCUCAGUCUGUUCAUAUCUAUCUAUCUAUCUAUCUAUCUAUCUAUCUAUCUAUCUCAAAUUUGUUCAACUUUAUAUCAAUGACUACGUUUAACUCCGUCUAUAUUCAUCUAAAUUUAUCUUCCGAAGAAAUUGAUUCUUCUGUUACAACACUAUCUAUCUAUCUAUCUAUCUAUCUAUCUAUCUAUCUAUCUAUCUAUCUAUCUAUCUCAGUCUGUUUAUAUGAAUCUACGUCGCUGGGUAGAGUUUCGGAUGAGAACGCAGCCGAAUCAAUGCGAUGGCAGUUGGGGUACUGGGGUGAUGAAAAAGUAAGACGUGUUGGUGGCAUUUAG